CCAGGCAAACCCAACAACCUGGGUUCGCAAAACUUAAAAGGCAGCCAUAACAAACAAGCAAAAUGAACCAACCAGUGUUAAUAUGAAGGAGAAAAAGGCUCCUAGGUGCGAACCCAGCUCGUGGGUUCGCGCGAGGGUUCGCGAGGAACCCAAGCUCGUGGGUAGGAACCCAAGCUCGUGGGUGCGAACCCAGCUCGUGGGUGCGAACCCAGCUCGUGGGUGCGAACCCAGCUCGUGGGUGCGAACCCAGCUCGUGGGUGCGAACCCAGCUCGUGGGUUCGCACCUCGCGAACCCAGGCUCCUGGGUGCGAACCCACGAGCUGGGUUUGCGAGGAACCCAAGCUCCUAGGU